GGCAAGGUUAGUCAAUCAACUGAAGAAAGUAUUACAGAUUCUGGUGUUAUUGAAUUAGCUGUUCAAAAAUCUAUGCUCAAUCCUAAUCUGACAGGAGAUUUUUCAAAGGUCUGCAUUCUGCCUACUAUAAAUGGAAGGCAUCCUGAUCUCAUGACAGUAACACCAGAAACAAUUAGCAACUUACUACAAGAACAGGAAUCAUUUGCUUACAAAAUUAUUGACUGUCGAUACCCAUAUGAAUUUCUAGGAGGACAUAUUAAAAAUGCUGUAAAUAUUUAUCAUAAAGAGGAUGCAGAAACUGAACUUCUGAGUCAUUUUUUAAACUCUGGCAAGAAAGAAAAGGGAAGCAUUCUCAUCUUCUAUUGUGAAUUUUCUUCAGAACGAGCUCCUAACAUGAUCCGGUUUUUGAGAGGAAAAGACAGAGAUAUAAACAAAGAUUGUUAUCCAUUUUUAUAUUAUCCUGAAUUAUAUCUCAUAGAAGGGGGUUACAAAGCUUUUUAUUCAAGUUUUAAGGGAUUGUGUGAUCCACAAGAAUAUAAGACAAUGCUAGAUAAAGACUGUACUCACGAUCUGAGUUUCUAUAGAUCAAGAUGCAAGUCCUACAGUCGUAAAUCAAAGCGAAGAAGAGUUCGAUCAUCGUUGAUAUUUUAAGGUCUGACUGAAGUUAGCGUUUGCUUUAAACAUUUGAUAUAUUUCUAGGUUCACGCAUAUUACAUUCUGGAGAUUCUGCAGGUGUGUGUGUGUUAGAAUGAAAUUUUCAUACGUCUUGUAGAUGGGUUUCUAGUGAUAAAUUUGACAACUUUGACAAAAUCUUGCGCAUUUUGAAAAUUGCUGGUGGUUGCAAAAAGUUUUGAAAUUGCCAUUGAUGAAAGUGUGUUGUACCUUAAUGAAAGUAAUCUAGACUGAUUUUAUGUAAUUUAUAAUAUCUUUAGAUUGUUAUAUUUUUUCUUAUCAUUGACUGUUGUAAAAAUAAUUUGGAUAUUUAAAAAAAAAUUUUAAAUGUGGGGAAUAAUAAAUGUCAUGUAAAUUGGGAAUUGUAAAAUUAUUACCAAAAAUUGUUCAAUAACAUCAAUAAGUAUUAACAAAUUGAAUUCAUUUGAUUAAAAAUAUAAUCCUUGAUGUUGUUUUUUUAAGUAUUAAUUGCAAAUUUCUUCAAAAGUAUCAUCCUGAAUGUAAAUAAUAUGAUCUUGUGAGAAAGUUGAUUUAAAAUUUUCGACUAGAAGCAUAAUAACAAAUGGAUUUUGACUAUCCAGUAAAUGGUGACUUUGUGAAUAUCUCACCAUUUAUAUCUGCUGUACAAAAUUAAGAUUGUUGUAAAUAAUAUGAUGCAUGUUAUGUGCAAUUCUUUUAUAAAAUGUCAACUUUUCCCUGAAGUUUUGUAAAGCAGAUGUUUGGUGUUUAAAUGUUAUACAAUGUCUGAAGUUUUCAAAUUACUACACUGCCAUUUAUUUUUUUGAAAAUAAACUGUUUUUUAUUAUUAUUA